CACGUGUGGUGGGCCCGGAGAAGUCACCACAAGAGUGUGAACACGUGUGGUGGCCCCGGAGAAGUCACCACAAGAGUGUGAACACGUGUGGUGGCCCCGGAGAAGUCACCACAAGAGUGUGAACACGUGUGGUGGGCCCGGAGAAGUCACCACAAGAGUGUGAACACGUGUGGUGGCCCCGGAGAAGUCAGCCCAAGAGAGUGAACACGUGUGGUGGGCCCGGAGAAGUCACCACAAGAGUGUGAACACGUGUGGUGGCCCCGGAGAAGUCAGCCCAAGAGAGUGAACACGUGUGGUGGCCCCGGAGAAGUCACCACAAGAGUGUGAACACGUGUGGUGGCCCCGGAGAAGUCACCACAAGAGUGUGAACACGUGUGGUGGGCCCGGAGAAGUCACCACAAGAGUGUGAACACGUGUGGUGGCCCCGGAGAAGUCACCACAAGAGUGUGAACACGUGUGGUGGCCCCGGAGAAGUCACCACAAGAGUGUGAACACGUGUGGUGGCCCCGGAGAAGUCAGCCCAAGAGAGUGAACACGUGUGGUGGGCCCGGAGAAGUCACCACAAGAGUGUGAACACGUGUGGUGGCCGCCGCCACUCCCCCGUAAACUGAGUGUAAAUAUGGCGACGGGGGGAAGUGAGCUUCAUGCUAGUGUGCCGGGGAAACCUACGGGGCCUUACGCCGAGGGGGACUCCUCCGAGAGUGAGGGGGAAACUGAACCCGCAAAGUCUUUCCACAGGAGAAUAUCGACCAACAAGGAAAUAAAAUGUAGUGUAUCUAUCAAGGAAGGAUUUUUAAUGAAACAGACUUCAUCAUUUCAACGGUGGCGCAAAAGAUAUUUUAAACUUAAGGGACACAAGUUGUACUAUGCAAAGGAUACCAAGAGUGUGAUAUUUGACGAGAUCCACCUGACGGAUCUCAGUGUAGCCGAGUGUAGCACCAAGAACGUCAACCACAGCUUCCAGUGUAUCUCACCAUUCCGGAGCCUGGUGCUGGCUGCUGACACCCGCCGCGAGAUGGAGGAGUGGAUAGCUGCCCUCAAGUCUGCCACCACUACUACACAUUAUUAUGAGGGAGCAGAUCAGGUUCACUCUCUACUGUCCGGCCAACACAACUGGUAUGCCACGUCUCAUGCCCGGCCCACCUACUGCAACGUGUGCCGGGAGGCCCUCUCAGGAGUAACAUCACAUGGGCUGAGUUGUGAAGUGUGUAAGCUGAAGGCUCACAAGCGUUGUGCAGCUAAAGCACUCAAUAACUGCAAGUGGACAACCCUCGCCUCUGUUGGAAAGGAUAUUAUUGAAGAUGAAGAAGGAAACCUGGCAAUGCCUCAUCAGUGGUUGGAAGGGAACUUGCCUGUAUCUGCCAAAUGUGCCGUGUGUGAAAAGACGUGUGGCUCUGUUCUCAGAUUACAAGACUGGAGAUGUUUGUGGUGUCGAGCGAUGGUCCACACUGCAUGUCGUCCACUUCACCCCACCCGCUGUCCAUUAGGUCCUUGCCGUGUCUCCAUCGUCCCACCAACUGCACUCACUACUAUAGGGACGGAUGAGUCAUGGGAAGCGACCCGACCUCAGGGCUGCUCACCACUUCUAGUAUUUGUUAACAGCAAAAGUGGCGACAAUCAAGGUGUAAGGUUUCUGCGCCGCUUCAAGCAACUCCUCAACCCAGCACAAGUAUUUGAUUUAAUGAAUGGCGGACCAGUGUUAGGGCUUCGUCUUUUCAAAUGUUUCAACCCAUUCAGAAUAUUAAUAUGCAGUGGGGAUGGCUCAGUGGGAUGGGUCCUUUCUGAAAUUGACAAGUUGCAUAUGACAAAUCAGUGCCAGAUUGGUGUACUACCAUUGGGCACGGGCAAUGAUCUGGCACGAGUCCUUGGCUGGGGCUCGGCUUGUGACGACGACACGCAUCUUCCUCAUAUACUGGAGAAAUAUGAAAGAGCCACCACCAAAAUGCUUGACAGAUGGAGCAUAAUGAGCUAUGUGAGUCAUGUAACACUGAGUCCAGAACACAAGCUGCAGUCACUUGCCUCUCAUUCCUUACUUACUCAAGUAGCAGCUUACGAAGAUUCAGUUGGCACUCAUUUAGCAACAUUGCUUCAGUCAGACCAACAUUCUGUUGUUAUUUCAUCUGCAAAAGUGCUGUGUGAGACAAUCAAAUCUCUAAUUAUGAAAGUGGGAAGAAGUUGGGGUGAAGGACCACUCUCAACUGAAGGUGCGGAUGUACUAGGAGUAGAGGACUCCCUCUCAUCCAAGUGUGCAGUACUAAAUGAUAAAUUAGACCUACUUCUCCGAGCACUACAUGAGGAGAGCAUAGCAUCCAUGUCUACUCUUAGUACUGUAACUCCUGAAGAUUCAUCAGUUGUAGAUGAGAGCUCAGAAACGAGUGAGGAUCUUGAUACCUGUUCUGCAGAAAAAAGCAUCUUGUGCAAAGAUGAUAAAAAUGCUUCAAAUAUUCAACACAGAAAAAGGACAAAACGGAAACACUUCAUAGAGAAGGAUGCAUUGAUGUCUCGAGCAAAUAGUCUUAAGAAGGCUGUGCGUGAGAUUAUAGAGCAUACAGAGAGGGCUGUUGAUGACCAAAAUGCACAAACUGUCACUCGGCUUCCUCCACCAAUAAUUACAUUAGAGGCUUCAGAUGAUGUAGAGUUUGAGAAAAUUGGAGAGCAAAGAAUAUCAGGUUCAGGAUUACAGGUUCUCCCUACCAUUGAGGGUUCAUCUACAGAAGUCUCACCAUGUCCCUCACCUAUCCCUAUGCAAGCCCUGCCACCUUUUGUAUCUUCAAUUACCACCAAUUUUCCACUUCCACCAGUUUCUCCCCUUCCUGGUACCUCAUCCGCUCACCGAAAAUAUUCCAUCUGUAUACCCACUCAACAACUUGAUUCAUCCUUAGCUGCUUCUACAUUCCUUCAGCUUCCUGGAACGUUCUCCCCUCCUGUUACCCCAAACAUGGAUGACCCUGUAGAACACCUAAGAAUGAAUUACCAAGCCAUUUCACCCUUGCCUGAAAUUCGUAGAGAAAGCCACACUGAAUUUGAAUUCCCUCCUACCAUACCUGUUCCAAGCGAGUUUGCAGAUCUUUCAAGAAAAAACAGCAUGCAAGAAGGUGCAGAAAUGACUGGUAGGUGUUCGAUUCCCAUUGAAGACAUUGAAGUUAGGAUACAAUCAUCAACGGAUAAUCUUGUGGAUGUUGGUGAAGAUGAGCCAUAUACAUUUGAGGAAAAAUCUAUAACAGAAAUCAGAGAUUCUUUAGCAAAUUCAUUAAAUAACUCACUUGAUGUUGAUGAAGAUUGGGGGCCGAUAGAAAAUGAGAGUAGAGAAGGAGUUCAAACGGAAAAAGAAAUAAGUGAGAGAGUGGACUCACACAUUAGUGAUGGGGAGGAAGAGAGAGAGAGAACUGAUGGAUUAGAUAGUGAUGAAACGGAUGAAACGGUUAAGGAAUUACAUAAAUAUGGAGGUAAAGACAAUGAGGCUGUUGCAGAUGACACAACACCUGAAGGUGACACAAGUGUUGCAGAAGACAUUACCACAGGUGUUAAAGAGCAAGAUGAUCAUGAUGAACAUUCACAUUCUGUCAACAGAGAUGAUGUUCUUGAAAGUGAAUAUUUAGUGGGUCACAGAGAAGAACCAUCGGGAGAAGAGUCUCAGGAUGUUAUUCAUACACCAGAUGUUCCAUUAGCAAAAGAAGAAUUUUCUGGGAAUAUUGAUGAUGAAUUAGAAGGUUUUGUGCCACCUCCCUCGGAGAGAAUUGUAGAGGGAGCAGAAGCUGAUGCAGAAGAUGGGAUGGAAGAGGAGGAGAAAGGUGAGGACUCAUCACGGCGCAUCUCUUCAGGCUCUACCUUGAAAAAUCAAGCUGGCCGCAUUUCCACUUUAAGUGUGGCUUCCUCCACCUCUGGACGGGACAAGAGCAGAAGUCCUGAGCGUGGCGGGUGGGGAUCAGCCAGCCGAGGGUUAGCUAGGGGUUCUGCAGCAGCUCGAUCAUCUCGCAAACACCUCCCUAUCAUCAACCCGCUUGUCUCACUGCCUAUGUGGCCAAAUAUAGCAGCUGGAGGGAGCUGCGGUGGUCUCAUCAGCAAGGUUCUCCUGGCUAAUGCUGAUGCUCUCUGUGCUGCUGCCUCUCCCCUCAUGGAUCUUGACAACUCCUCUCUAGAUGGAUAUGAUGAACGGUGCACUAUGAACAACUACUUUGGCAUUGGUAUCGAUGCUAAGAUCACACUAGAUUUUCACAACAAAAGAGAAGAACAUCCUGAAAAAUGUCGCUCAAGAACCAAGAACUUCAUGUGGUAUGGUGUUCUAGCUUCCAAGGAAUGGCUGUGUAAAACCUACAAGAACCUGGAUCAGCGUGUGCAGCUGGAAUGUGAUGGAGAAAGGAUUCCUUUACCAUCACUGCAAGGCAUUGUUGUGCUUAAUAUUCCUAGUUUCAUGGGAGGCACCAAUUUUUGGGGAGGGACAAAAGAGGACGACUGUUUCUUGGCCCCGAGCUUUGAUGACCGAAUUCUUGAGGUGGUGGCUGUGUUUGGCUCAGCACAGAUGGCUGCUUCUCGCAUCAUAAAUUUACAACAUCACCGAAUAGCUCAGUGCUCUAGCAUAAAGAUCACAAUCCUUGGUGAAGCAGGGGAAGACGGUGUACCAAUCCAGGUUGAUGGUGAGGCAUGGACACAACCUCCGGGAAUAGUUCGCAUUGUUCAUAAAAACAGAGUUCAAAUGCUCUGCAGAAAUCGGGACCUAGAGGUUUCACUGAAGACUUGGGAAGAGAAACAGCGAAGCAGUGGCAGUCAAACUAAACAGUUGACUUUGCUUGCUGAUGAGGAACUGCCCAUUCUUGCAACCCUGGCUUCCUCAGUUGCAGAUGUUGUUAGCUGUGUGCGAAUGGCCGCAUGUACUACACCAACCUUGGAGAAUCACCUUGCAGAAUUGGCAUCAUCGGCCACCACCUGUUUAGAAAAGAUUUGGCGUGAUGGAAAAAUUAUUGAAAGUCCCAAUUUACGCAUGCUAGCAACAGAGCUGGUCAACAAUGUUCGCAAUUUGCAUACUGAAGUCUACAACAUGCUCAAAGAAGAUGCUUUGGAUAUAAAUAAAGGAAUGGGAGACCAUCUGCAAGGAACACUGGACCAUCUUGAUAGCUUGUUGAAAUGUGCACAUGAAAACGACAGUGUAAUGUACUUUGUCUCCGAAGAAGAGGGUGAUCGGAAAAGAGUCCAUUCCAAGGGAAUAUUUAAACUGAAGCUCAAACGAGAUGGCCGACGAGGAGGAUUUGAGAGAGAAGUGAGAGAAUGGGGCCCAGAAGAGGUUGCAGUUUGGCUUGAUACCCUACAACUGACUGAAUACCAAGAAUCUUUCAUUCGUCAUGAUAUUCGAGGCUCGGAACUUCUGAAUUUAGAGAGAAGAGAUUUGAAGGAAUUAGGUAUAACUAAAAUUGGCCACAUCAAACGCAUUCAGCAGGGCAUCAGGGAGAUCAAAGACAGCAAAUCACAUAGUUAAGAAAACAUUUACUAUUGCAGUGGAAUGAAGACGUGUAAAUAUAUUUAAAGCCAAAUUGUAAGUGUACAACACAGAAGUAGUGUGAUGCUUUGGGUACCUAAUGCUGCAAUACUGAAGGUUUUGUAGGGGGAAAGAAACCAAAUAAUUAUCUUAAAUGUUUAGUUGACUUUUUAUAAAGAAAUAUCUUUCAAGACGUUCCAUUAUUAUGUCAUAAUAAAGCAUUGUAUAAACAAAUACUACUAAGCACCUGCCUACUGUUAGAACGUGAAUUGGUUAAUUUAUCAAAUAAUUUUAUGUAGAAGUUUAAUUUUUAAUUAUAUUAGAAGUAAACACAUUCUGUGUUGGGUUAAUUCAAUUUAAUAGUUUAAUUGCAGAUAAUCUUUUGUUGUAUACAUAAUAAUUAUUUAUAUUUUAUUAUAUACUACAGGUAUUAAAAAUAUAAUGUUUGCCAUAUUAAUUAGAUGUAGUCUCUGUAUAAAGAGACCAGAGAUGAUUAUGUUAAAUUAAAGUGAAAUUAAUUAUCAUAUAAAGCAUAAUACUUAUGUUCAUGUCUUGAAUUGUAGUAGCAAUAUUCCCUUGCUAUUUAUGUUCUGAGAUUAUUAAUGCAUGUUAUAAAUUAAUGACAGUCUUGGUUAAAUUUAAAGGUACCUCAGUUUUGCAAAUGUUACUGACAGUGAUUUGUGUAAUUUUAAUUUGUUUAUGAUACCAUAUAUGUGAGCACAAUACCAAGUGAAAAGUUCUACAUAUAAGGAUGUCUCAUGGUAUAUAUUUGUUAUCUGUUUACCAUUACUGGAGUUUAACAUGUCAGUAUUACGUAAGAACAUGUAUUACUAUCUGUGAAAGGCACUUAGCAUUUAAUCUUGUUGGAUUUCUUAUGAUACUUAUUAAUUAAUGUAUAUGUCUAGUCAAAAACAUUUCCAGGUAAUAAGGUUUUACAUUUAAUGGAACUGAACAGUUCAAUAUUUUUAUUGACUUCCUUUUUAUUCUUACUUUAUUUAAGAAGUAAGCAUUAGAUAGAAAUGGUAUAUAAUUUAUAGUAAGAAAGUCAGUUUCAAAAUGUUCACCUGAGUGGUAGUUUGUGCAUUGAAUCACAUGACCCUAGUAUUAUACUAGCACCGUAAACCAGUGUUAUAUUUCAGAUACGUCCUAUUCUGAAAUGGUCGUUACUUUUGUAUGGAAUGACUGUAUUUGUAUUAUGUAUCUCUUAGUGUUGAUAUACUCUAGGUGUUAAAUACUAAAGCUAGGUUAGUUAUGAUUUUAUAGUACUGUUGCCUUCCGUAUUUAAAUAAAAGGUGUCAGCCAAUUAUGCAAAUGGAUACUGUCGGCUAUAAAUUUCAUAUUAGGGAUCACAUUUUGAAUAAAUUGUAAUUUUAUUAUACCAUUUGUACUGAAUAAGUGUACUGUGGAUCAGAAUAUUAAGUAUGCCUGUUGUAAGGCUCCUUACCCAUUGUUUUGGGUGUAUGUCCAUACCUCAUACAUAUUGUGUAUGUAGCAGUCUUGAGUUUACAGAAUGUUGCGCGUGCAUCAAUGUGUGUGUCCCCAUCAUAGUCACCUGUCUCGGGGACACCACACCUUGUCAGCAGCUGCAGAAAAGGAGUUUCCUUGUCAUCUUGAAACAUUUAAUGGAUUGUAUUGUUUUUAUACGAAAUAUUUUUUAGCAUAAAUUCACUACAAAUUUGGUACUAGGGUACCUAUCAUUAAGCCAUCACAUUUCCUUUUAUGUCUAGAUAAAUAACAGUGUUAAAAUUGUUAUAAAAUGUUUCCUUGUAGUAGGAUUAGAAAAAAGAUACCUUGGCUCGCAUUACUAGAAUGCACAGUUUAAAUUUGUAUUAAUAUUACACAGUGCUGUAGUUACUGUCGUACAUAAUUUGUCAUCAGUGCAGGAUGUUGAAGGGCAGUGCCCUGUAUGUGCAAUGUAAUUGUUAGCACCUUAGCCUGUUUCUGGCUGCCUAGAUUAUCGCAGAGCUGAGCUCUUCUUGUGUAUUAUGGACACCUCUGCCCUUUCUUAUACUAUUGAUGCUCUUAAGAAAAAUUUUAUUUAUAUAUAUAUAUAUAUAUAUAUA